CUUAAACUCAAGACCAACAUUCAUGCCUGUUCCUAUCACCACUUCAUCAACUACCUCGACCAACGUCACAUUACCUACUAGUUUCAAUCCGAUCUUAAAAUCAAUUGCUGAAAUUCCUGGUCCAAAUCUCGAUACCGAUACAUGUGCGCUUCUGGGACCAUUCGCAUUAGCCAUUCAAGGCUUGAUGGCUUGUAUCGUACUGGGUAGUUUACUUGUUAAACGUCAUAGGGAAAAACCCAAACGAAAAUAUCGUAUAUGGACAGCUGAUGUGUCCAAGCAGGUCAUCGGUCAAGCUUUUGUUCAUUCACUCAACAUCCUAAUAGCAGCCUCGAUUGCUUCUUUACCUUCAAAAGGAAACCCAUGUGCUCUUUAUUUUAUGAAUAUCUUUAUUGACACCACCCUUGGAGUCUUCAUCUUACUUCUUAUCUUACGUUUCUUAACUCAUCUCUUAUCUGUCCUUUUACGAUUACCUCCUGCUAGUAUGGGUCUUGCCUCGGGCACCUAUCCACGUCCAUUUUUGAUUUCAUGGUUAAAACAACUUGGUCUUUAUCUAAUCGCACUUGCACUCUUGAAGUUAACCGUAGUAGCCAUGUUUUAUGUAGGUGGAGAAACACUGAUUCGAUUUGGAGAUCGAUUGAUCGAAGCUGUGAGCCCGAAUGCCAAGGUUCAAGUCGUUAUAGUCGUCAUGGUCGGACCUACAAUCCUCAACGUAUUACAAUUCUUACUGAUCGACUCUUUUAUUCGACAUACACCUACACCGGUUCAUGAGUUACUCGAAUCAGAUGAUGAAGAAGAAGAAGGCGAUGGAAGUUAUAGACCAAGUUCAGAUGAGGAAGAAGAUCUGGAUAGAGAUCAAUCAGAUCUUGAAGCAGAUUCAAGUGAACGCGUUGGACUGCCGCCAUCACAGGCAUACACUCCUACCCACCUCGGCCCUCAAUAACCGAAACACGAGAGCGUAAAGUAGGGAAAUCUAUCGAAACAAGACCAUCAACAGAUCCAAAUCAAUCCAACAAAGUAGAAGAAGGAUGGGAAGAUGAAUCGUGGGCAAGAUGGGAUGAAGAAGAUGGAAUAAGAUUAACGAAAAAACCUUCAAGUCCAACCGAAUUAAAGACAGGUAUGAUGAUGAGUGAACGAAAUUCAAUUGGGAUGUCAAAUAUGGUGGUCAAGAAUAAUGAGAGUUCGUGGUGAGAGAAAUAGAAAAAAAAACUGCCUUAUAUUUAAAAAAAAUCCCUCCCCUCCUUUCCUUUCUCCCUCAAUUAUAUAUAGAUUCAUGUAAUGUAAAAGGUUUUGUAUGAUAUGUUAUUUAGCUUUUUUCUUUAUUUUUGCAUUUCUCUUUUUUGCUGGGUUACACAAAAAAAAACAUAGACAACGAGGGUGAAAUACGAAAGCUUGUAAUAACUGUUCACUUUAAUUUGCAUCUUGAUAUAAUGAAUCUUUUGGAUGAGAUCACACGAG